AUGUGUAUUGCAGCCGGGCAACAGACCGUUUCAGUCGAUUUCGAUAUGACUUCAACCGCUGGUUCCAUACCUGGUAGUGGUAUCCAGAUUGACAUCAUCCUCCAGCACAUCCAAACUCACAUUUCAGUCACGGCCAGUUACGAUACUAUCAGUAUCUUUGUGACUAUGGUAGGCGUUUAUGUCGGAGCUGCUGUUGACAACGUCAGAAGUAGCCCGUCUGUGAUUCAACGCCUACGAGAGCAGAUUACAUCUGCGCAAAACAUUGAGAGCAUAAUACUACAACGCUGUAAUGAUGUUCCUAACGCCGACUUAAUUGACGGCGUUGCGGUCGACACCAGGGCCUGGUUUCGGUUCGGAAAUUUGUUGCUUCGUAGUGUAAUGGAUAGUGUGUCCUAG